AUGACGGUUGAAAGGGACGGACUCGGAUGUGAUGGUGGUGGAGUCCCACAUCUUGUACUCACUGAUGACAUCAAGGAUCUCUCUCGGUUACUCGAUGUGAACAAAGAUGUUCGACUAGAAGCUGAUAAACUCCUCGAUCCACCAAUUGGCGGUGCUGAUCAUUUACAAACUGCCCAACUCCCUUUGUCACUUCAUCAUGAUAUUUAUGCAGCGAUCAAGAAUGAAUUGCCCUCGACGGCUGAUGGAAAAACGGACAAAGGAAUGGGUGGAUUGAUGCAUGGAGCCGAUGCCGAUAUGCUUUUUGGAGUCAGUGGCUUUGGAUUGGGGAGCCCAUUUUGCAAUCCAAACAAUAACAAUGAGUUGCUCAAUCUUAAUCACACCAAAAAUGGGAGGAUUUUGACGGCUGAUCGGAAAAGGCCGUAUCCCUGUAAUUUAUGCCCAUCGAGGUUCGGCUCAAAGAUGGAGCUUGAAGAACACCAAAACAGUCACACUGGAAUGAAGCCUUUUGAGUGCGAUGUUUGCAAAGCGAAAUUCAAUCGUCGAUCUACUCUUUGGAAUCAUAAGCGAAUUCACUCUGACGCAAAACCUUUUGUCUGCACGGUUUGCCAGAUGACGUUUAAAUGGAAGAACUCUCUUAAAUGUCACAAGGAAAUGCAUCUCCGAAAAAACGAAUCUUCAACCGUUCUCGACAACGAUCUUCGACAAUUGACUUAUGCCACAGCGGCCAAAAAGCGAUUGCUUGAGAUGAUGGAAGAGGGAGGUCAAAUUGAAGGUUCAAAUGCGAGUAUCUCGACGGCAAUCCAAUCACAACCUCUCAUCACCACCGCUUCACCAAAAAAGAAAAAGAACAACUCUCAAAACAACACCACCACCGCCCUAAUGGCUCUCCAAGCACAACAAGCCACAAAUAUUAUCAAUAAUCAAGAGCACAAAAGCUGGUUGCAACCGGGACUUUUCCAUGGAUCCGAUCAUCCACUCGAUUUGGACACAUCCUCUUUAGACACCCUCGUUCAACAAAGCAAUCAGAACCUACUCGUUCAUUUGUGCAGCACUGACAUGGAUCCGUCACGGAAUGGCCUUCUUGGAUCGAUGGACGAAUCACACAACAUGCUCUCGAAUCCCCUUUUCAGUGACAUGAAACCUGAUGUGAAUCUCUUACAUUCACAAGAUUUACAGUUCAACUACUCGCACAAUCUCCUCUCCUCAUCGAUGACCUCUCAAUCUCCAUUGAAUGUCUCGUUGCCUCUCAAUUUGAUGAACAUCAAUCGGAUAAAUGGGCUACACAGUCCUCAGCAUUUGCCUUCCGUCCACCACCUCACUUCAACCUCUCUCGCUAAUGGAAUCUCCAUACCGAUCGACUAUCACCUAGGCCAUGAAUCGAUUCCUUCAGCUGUCUCUCAUCCACAAUACAUUGUCACUACUCAACCAGAUGUCAUGCUUUCACAAUCAGCCAUCAAUUAUCAGCAACCGAUGGAACCGUGCGUUGUACUAUCCGGUGGUCCAGAGUAUGUCACGAGUUUCGACUACGGCGGAAUGUUAGGACAUUAUCAAUUGGGCGAUGUUGACAUGAACCUCUCACAACCAACUACAGCCGAUUCACUGAUGGAGGAUGGAAAGGGAUUGCCUUUUGAGCAAUGCUUGAAAAAUAAUCAAAACGCAAACGCAUCCCGGUGUGGCGCUUUCGGGUUUCUCCAAACGAACGAAUGUGAUGUCAUGUCGUUGCAUCCAACAAGACCUGGAUCAACAUUUCUAUCGUCGACAAAUGUGGACACACUCGUCAUUGCCGCUCAAAGAGAAGGCAGUGAAUGCGAGAAACCGCCUGAGGAACUCAUGGAAAAGAUUGCUUUUCUUUUCAACAAUCUCUCUCAAAGAAGUCUUCAAGAAAAAGUGGAUGAGGUUCGAUCGAUGAUCACCAGUUGUGGAGAGAAAUUCGUGAGAUGGCUAGCUCAAUACAUUGUCAUGAAAAGAGCUUCAAUUGAGCCGAAUUUUCAACCACUAUACAAUCAAUUCUUGCAAGGCAUCAACUCCAUCGCUUUAGAUCAUACAAUCAAAAUGGAAACGCUAAGAAAUAUCAAGGUUUUGCUAAGAAGUGAUAAACGAGAAGCUGUUCACAACUAUGGUGAUCGAACACUUUUGAAAAAUCUAGGAAUGUGGCUGGGGUUAACGUCGAUAUCGAGAUCAAGACCAAUACUGACAAUGGAUAUUGAUUUAAAAUCCCUGCUCCUUGAAGCUUUUUAUAAAGGUCAACAAGAGCUCCUCUUCGUCGUUCCAUUUGUUGCAAAGAUUGUUAUCAGUUCUUUGAAAUCAAAGAUCUUUGGCCCGAAAUCUGCUUGGAUAAAAGGAAUAUUGAAAGUAAUGGCUGAAUUGCAUGCGGCACCCGAUUUAAAGAUCAAUCUCAAAUUCGAGAUUGAGGUUUUAUUUAAAGAGUUGGGGAUCAAUUUGGAAGAGAUUAUGCAACAAGUGGAAGGGAUUUUAGAGGAUCAAGACCGCUUCAAGAACUUGAAAGAACAGUUGACCGAUCUGCGACCUCUUCAACCACCACACUACAGUCCAUCACCACAACCAUCGCAUCCAAGUGGAUCAAGUGUUGGAUCACCGGUGCCCGAAGAACAAGCUACCGAGCUAACAGCAACGUUGCCUCGCUUCUCAUACGUUGAAGUCGAUGUGAACUCUUUUGAAAGCAUCGCUUCACUGUUAAAGAUCCCUGCUCAACACCCGUUAUUUCAAAUGUACCCAGCGAUGAAACAAUUCUUGAAACCUGCCUUUAUACAUGCUACGAAAGAGCUUUUAGGUGUCAUUUAUGAGAAAGCCUUAAAAAUCUCAUCAUCUGCUACGGAACAUCUAGUGAAGAAAGAUUUCGGAUUAUCGAAUGAUGAUCAACAAACGAAACAAGCUGGAGUUAACAUGAUAAAAUCACUCACUAGUGCUAUGGUUUACAUUGUGGUUCGAGAUUCAAUGCAGACAACUCUGGGCAAUUAUCUUGUUCAAGCAUUUCUUAUGGGUUUACGAAAUUUAGGAGCACAAAUUGAUCAGAAACUCAUCGAGGAAGCUGCUAUGCUGGUUAUGACCGAAAAUCUCGAGUUGGCUGUGGAUUUUGUGGUGAAAACCGCUUGUGAAAAGUCGAUCGGUGAUUAUGGCAGAAAAAUUGACAUCGAUAAGCAAAGGAAAGAUGAGAGAGAAUUUCAAAAACUCGAGGAACUCUUCGCCAUACAGAUGCUUCUCCCCGAAGCACUCCGGAUUCGUCCUGGUUCAAUUCCUCGUCAUGACACCUAUCCAUAUGAAGAAUUGGGGCAAAAGAUUUGUGGCUUUAAAGUGGCUUUGCCGGAGAAUCCGCCGAUGAACUUGUCCACCUUCAAUAUGGCGCCUCGAGCUCCAUCACACUCAACCACUAUUUCACAGUUUCAGAAUUAUGCAGCAGCUUCGCAAAGACCACCUCAAUCUGUCAACCAACCGCAAACAGCUAUGACAAAUGGAGCGCUUCUCGACAUCUUGCAACACCAACAACAUCAAACAACCAAUGGACACGGACACACUGAGAACUUUGCUCAAAACGCAAAGCUUGAGCUGCAGAAAAAGGUAGCCGAGAUUUUGGACGAAUGGAGAAAUCUUUAUUUCACUCCGGAAGCCCUGAAGAACCCCAAAGAUGCUUUAGCCAUGAUUAUCUCAAAAAUGCACAACUAUGGUCUUCUUUCCAAUGAUGAGAUGAUUACUCACUUCUUCAGCUUGGGUACCGAGAUUUGUGUCGAUUCUUGUUAUCGACUUUUACAGAAAGAAGCUGAAAUCAUCCUUCCAAUGAUUAGAGAUCAAUGCUACUCAAUUCUCGACUCAUUCGUCAAGCUGACUUGUCUGAUGGUCAAACACUCGAACAGCACUCACGUCCAGACAAGAGUCAACUUCUUAAAGAAAGUUCUAAACAUCAUUACAUCAGUCUUGUUAAUGGAUCAUGAGGGAAGAGGUGCACAAUUCCAUCCACUGCCCUAUCAUCGAAUCCUCGUCGAGAUCUUUAAUGAGCUAGUUGACAGUGAUUCGGAUUCGAUCAUUGGGCCAGUGAUUGAAGUAUUCAGCCAAACUCUUUUCGUAGUUCAACCCCGACGCGCUCCUCGCUUCAGUUUCCAAUGGUUCUCUAUUGUUGGCCAUCGGAAUACCAUUGCGAGAAUGGUGGCUCCCGCUUAUUUUGGCAACACUCCCCCGACAAGCGAUUCUCUAAAGGCUGCUUCUUUGUACAUACAGCUACUCAUUUUACAAUUGAAAUUCUUGCAUCCCUACCUGCGAAAUGUUGAUCUCCCAAAGAAUAUACUCACUUUAUACAAGGGUACUCUACGGGUUUUCCUAGUGAUCUUACACGAUUUUCCCGAACUUCUUUGUGAAUUCCAUUUUGCCCUCUGUGAUGUGAUUCCACCGAAUUGCAUUCAAUUGAGAAAUCUCGUCCUUUCCGCCUAUCCAAAGCAUAUGAGAUUGCCAAAUCCAUCAACUUUAGAGUUUAAGGACCUUGACAGCAUCCCAGAAAUGGGAGUUGAGCCAAAGACAGGACUGAGCCUUGAACAAAUCAUCCCGGUAGAGUUGCGGCAACAACUCGACAAUCAUUUAAGAACUCGAGCUGGAGUCGAUUUGCUCACUUCGCUGCCGGUUAUCUUAACGGUCUCACAAGUCCCAGGCUCCAAGUACAACUCGUCUCUCAUCAACGCUCUUGUACUUUAUGUUGGUUCAAAAGCUGUCGAAUCACUUCAACUGAAAGGUCAAUGCAUCUCGAUCACCACCAUCGCGCACACAUCUUUUAUGGAUAUUUUCCAGAAUUUGGCUGUACAACUGUGCACAGAAGGUCGUUAUCUUCUCUUCAACGCGAUGGCAAAUCAGCUGCGAUAUCCAAAUGCGCACACGCAUUACUUCAGCUGUUCGCUGUUGUUUUUGUUUCUUCGAGCUGAUACCAUUCAUGUGAAAGAACAAAUCACGCGUAUCCUUUUCGAGAGAGUGAUCGCUCUUCGUCCUCAUCCAUGGGGUCUUCUCGUCACUUUCCUCGAAUUGAUUCGAAAUCCAAUCUACCGUUUCUGGGAUCACGAUUUCACGAGAUGCACACCCGAAAUCGAGAAACUUUUCCUUAACGUCAAAUCAACAUGUGCUUUGACUGGUCGUACU